UCGCACGAGCGGCGGGCCUCGCAACUAGAAUCGGUUCAGUGUACGUGCGACCGCUUGCGGCCGAGGACGAAUUGCCGCGCCACCGCGCCACACUCAGCUUAUUACGCAGUAGCAGCAGUCGCAACCGCGUGGACUUUGCGUACAAACUUUCAAGUGUCCUACCGUUAGUGCGUUUAACCCAAUAAUUCACGUACUCUUUUAAAAAAAGACCCAGUGAUAACUGUUGUGUGUGGUAAUCAGUGUGGAAAAGUUCUAAAGUCGUGACUCUGAACUUGUGAAGGAACGCUCGAAUUUGCGCAGUGAUAAUAUCACCAGGACUGUCGACAGCGCUGAAGAUAGGUCGAGACAAUAUUCGGUGUUUCGAGCCGAUACUAGCCACGUUACAAGGUUAACGCGCCUCUAGCCCGCCAGUGAUGAAUUGGAAAAUCGGCGCGUAGUCGCUCACGUGGUCGCGCCCCGCCCCCGCCUCGCCCGCACUUAUAUUUAGCGAAAAUCGCCUCUCGGGAGCGGUCCGACGGCUGAAGCUCUCUGCGCACAUCGCUGUUUAUGAACAGCGAGACGCCACAUGUUAUUGGCUUCGAAUAACAUAGCCGAUAAGGAGAAGACAGAUAACCUCUCCGGAUCACGGCUCGGGUCCGGUCCGACGAUAUUCUGGAAAUAGAAAGAAAUCGGUUAAAAUCUGAAAGGAGAACAAACUGAGAUGCUAACGGCCGGUGUCGGCACGCGCCGGUGAGCGCUCGAACCGACACACCUUCCAAAAAUUUCCACUGAUCGAAAUCGAAACGGCGAGAUGUCUUUACAAGGAGGCGGUAAUUACCAAAGCCCAUGGUCUUCACAGACCGGUCUGGCGGAGUUAGAGGGUCAAAUGGGCGAGUUAGAGCCCUUAGGGGAACUAGUAGAAGCGGGAUUUGAACCACAGACUCGAGCGCGUUCAAACACGUGGCCACUGCCGAGGCCAGAAAACUAUGUGGAACCGUCUGAUGAUACAGGUUCUAAGAAGAAUUCGAACCAAAACUUGACCGGUGCCCCGCCGCUGCCUAGUUCGGCGGUGACGGCCAAGAAAAACUCAUCCCGUCGCAACGCGUGGGGAAACCUCUCGUAUGCAGAUCUCAUCACCCAGGCCAUCACAUCAGCUCAAGACAACCGACUUACACUGUCCCAGAUCUACGAGUGGAUGGUCCAGAAUGUGCCAUAUUUUAAAGAUAAGGGAGAUAGCAAUUCUUCAGCUGGAUGGAAGAACUCCAUCCGGCAUAACCUGUCGCUACACAACCGGUUCAUGCGAGUGCAAAACGAGGGUACGGGGAAGUCUUCGUGGUGGAUGAUCAACCCAGAUGCGAAACCAGGCAAGUCCGUGAGGAGACGUGCUGCGUCUAUGGAGACUUCCAAGUUUGAGAAGCGGAGAGGGAGGGUUAAAAAGAAGGCUGAAGCACUAAGGAAUGGUGUGACAGCGGACGCCACGCCUAGUCCCAGCAGUUCAAUAUCAGAAAGCUUGGACAUGUUCCCAGAUUCGCCUCUCCACAGCAACAGUUAUCAGCUGUCGCCGGACUUUCGUCAGAGGGCCUCCUCGAACGCGUCUUCUGUCGGCCGCAUGUCCCCGAUCCCAUCGAUGCUCGCCCAGGAGGCGGACUGGGGCGAGACUUACACCCCCGCCGGGGACUUCACGUCAAAUAGCGAUUUCUCCCAGAUCGACUACGCACAAGACGAGCAGUUAGCCGGAAACCUUGCCGAUUCUAUGAAACUGCAAGGAGCUACUGAUCCAUUCCUUAACACGUACGUUCCAACGACGUCGUCGUCGUCCGCGAACAACUACCGGUAUCCGACGUACGGGACCUGCCCUCGCCACCUGCACGUUGGCUGCGCGUGCGCAUCGAUGUACUCCAACCCAGCCCACCCGGCGCACCCCACACAUCCUCAUCAGCACGCUCUGGACCAUUUCGUGAGGCCACCCGCACCUGCGGAUUCCGCUGAUAUUAUGCAAAUAGAAAACAAUCAAACUCAAAUGGUGACGACAUCGGACGCAGCCCUCAUGAACGGCGGCAUGAUGGUGCAGACCGGAGCUAUGGGGCCCACGACUGUGAUGGGGCAAAUCAUGGGGGCCCUCAACACGGGGCUGGUAGAGGACCUCAAUAUAGAAUCUUUGGAGCCUGGCUUCGACUGCAAUGUUGAUGAGGUCAUAAAACAUGAGUUGAGCAUGGACGGCACGCUAGACUUCAACUUCACCCAGCAACACACGAUGGCCGCAGACGCAGAGAGCCAGUUCGCAGCGCCGGCGCCGCCCGUCCCCACCACACUCUCCGGCGGCGGCGCACCAAGAACCCCCUACUCCGUCGCCCCCUCCUGGGUCCAUUGAACCAAACACCCAAACGUAUGGACUAGUUACCUACUUAUCAGUUCCAGGAACUGCCACGUUUCCUAAUGUAAAUAAUCAUUUUUGUUAGUUUGGCAUUGUAGUCGAGAUUUUUGUUCAUUUAUCAUGUUAACUAAUGUUAGAGUUUUAUUUAGUGUUAAGUGGACCGUUACCGAUCGUUGUUGAAGUGUCAAUUGUGUUAGUGUAGGCUUUAGUGCUAAGCUAGGUGGAAGCUUGUGAUAUAGAUAGGAUACUGUAAUCCGAAUAGUUGGACCCGGAGGGGGCUGGGUAAUAAGUGCGGCGACGAACAGUUUAGAAUGAGGUCAUUCGGAUACUGAAAAUUAUCAGAUGCUGUUUUAAUAAUAGAGUCUGGAUAAUACUAUCCUGAAAUCAGGAACAAAUAAAAUAUGUGUGCAGUGUUCGACCACUGAUGUUGUGGUUUGGCUCCAAUAGCUGGUUGCAGAACAAGCACGAGGUUGUGACGGCAUUCUAAAGAACCAUUUACAACGAGCAUCACAAUAAUUACCAAACAUGAAGACCAGUUAAAAUCGAGACUGACACUAGUGUUCUAACAAUUGUUAUUGGCAAAGUAAAUUGACGAUCAGAUGUGCGUGAUUUGAAUUAAGUGAUAUUUUGGACGUUAAAAUUUUAGGGUAAGAUAUUUGACCUCGCGAUGUAUGUAGUGCGACGCUGUAGCGGUUCAGUUAUUUGUAUAUUCUCGCUGACCCCUCUAUACCUGACAAAUAUGGACUAGUACCUAAUUAUCAUCUUAGUGCGUGCCAGGGCCUUAUCAGACUGAUUUACAUGGAAUUCGCAGCAGCUGUACAGAAGACGAUAAAUACUGUCUACACCUAUAUUAUAGGUGUAUCAUAACGCCAUCUUUUUUCUCUAGUUUAUGUCUACAAAUGCCAUACUGAUAGUAAUUUUGCACAUUUUAAUUCGCAUACAUAAUAGUGGGCCCAAUAUAACUGUUAUUUAUAUCUGGAGAAACAUUUGAGCGAUUUAUACUGUUGACAGUGUUUCCAAAGAAUAUAUAUGUUUUUAAUUAAAAUGUACCAUUUUUGGACAAAGUUUUCAUAAAAUAAACAAUAAACUAGUUAUUAUAAAGUCCUACAUUGUUAUUAUGCCAUAGAGUAAGGUUAGUUAUUACUGUUAAUAACACUACAGAAGCCAUUAUUAAACCAAAAACAUUUUCAUACGAACAUUGCUCAAUAUUUCCGGUGUAUGUAAGUAUUUGAUAUAUACAGAAAUAUUGCGAAUAGAAUUGAUAAAUAACUGACAAAUUGUGCCUAUACAAACUUUGAUUUGAAAUGAAAAUGUUAUGCUCAUUAUUCAAAGAUUAUAGUAAUUAACCAUAAGAAUUUACAGUCUUUAUGCGUACGCACAAACAAAAUCCAUUAUAGUCAGAUCUCUAGUCCCAGAUGUUAAUUUGUAUAAGCUACUUUUGCCUAAUAAGUACAGAUUUUACUCAUAGAUAAGCAGUGUCGAGGGCUAGCCCAUAUAAUGUAGCAAAAAUUCAUUCUGUGAAUUACCUCAGUGGACUGUUUGUGAUAGAUUUAGCCAAUAAGUGUUCAAGUUAGUACGUGUAUCAAAUAAGUCAAUUCUUAUACUUUUUGGCGUCCAUUGUAUGUGUAUUUUUUAUUGACAUUUUCUAAUGAUUUAGCAAAGUUUUUAUUUUUUUACGCCGAUGAUUCUUUUUAAACACUGCUUUUAUACUUUACUAUGUAUAUUUGCAGCUGAUAGUGGUGCUAUAUAGAUUAUGAAAUAGCGCAUACAACUUUUGUUUUAAAGUAUUUAUCACAUUAAUGAAAUCAACGUACAAAAUUCCAAAUAAAGAACUAUGCGAUGUAUUUUUCUAAUAGUACUUCACUCAAAUAAGAAGAAUUUAUUUACGAAAUAUUUUAUUGGUUUUAAUUUUAUAAAUUAUACAGUCAAUUUUUGAUAAUAUAAUUAUUGUGAUUUGAUAGGAAUCCUAUUAGAAAAAUAGAACGUAACUCGUACCUAGAUUGUAAAAUAUUUAUGAGUGUAAGUUGUGGACACGGCACGCGAGGGACGAUCACACAAUUAUUUUUAUUUAGAUAGAUAAUGAAUACAUAGUUUUAUUUUACGAGAGUUGGCUUAAAGUCAUUCUAUUAGUCCUCGGAUGUCGAACAUCAACCCUUUACUAGGUGAUGGGGGUAUGAUAGUGACCAUUUGCCAAAUAUACAUACGUAAAAUUCAAUAACUGUCCGAGUGAAACGAAAUUAUUGAUAGUUGUAUUAUAUGAGUGUUGUAGAUUUGUUACUCUUUGGAGGUAUCUCAAUGUAGUUAAGUUAGACAUAAUAGCUAUCUCCUGGUUGUUGAAAUAUUAAAAUUUACAACGUCGAGACGUAUUAGUUGUCAAUCCAUGUGGUCAAUUAAAUAUGGACCGAAUUACGUCUGUCCCAUUAAGGCCUAGCGUUAAUGAGGAGAUGGAAUCGGCGUAGAUAGUAUGUGCUUUUAGUCCUGGUUAUGCUUGCAUUAGGAUCAAGUAGUAGUAGUAUUGACCGUUAGGUGCGAUCAUUGUACUUCUUGUAUAUUAAAUAAAUAAAAUAAUGAAUUGGUGUUAGUUGAAUUUUUAUGUUCCGGAGUUUGAGAUACUUAUGUGAUGAAACGUAAUUUAAAUUAAAAAAAAAAUGUAAAAUGGAAUGUGAAAUUGGUCACAAUUGUGAAGAUUACUUUUAUUAUUGAGGCAUAAACUGUGACUAGAGGCACAAAUUUUAACGAUACAUUUUUAAUCAUACUUAUGCUAGAUAAACUUUUAAUUAUUUUAAUGGAUUCAGUAUCUUUUUACAUUAUAAACUUCUUUCAGCUUCUUGACGGAAUUACUUAUUAAGAAGUUUUACAAAAUGAAAAAUAAAGCUUCCAAUUCUCAAUACAAAAAUAAUUAUGCACGAGACAAAAUGAAAAUGGUACCUGGUACAAGUUAAUUCGGCCUAAUUAUCAAAGUAUUCGACUGCAUCGAACGAUACGGUGUGAUGCGUAUGAAGAUAGAAAAGUGAAUGGGAUAAGAAAGUUUAAAUUUUCCUACUUCACUUCAGGAUUUAUGUAAUUUAAAACAUUACUCCACAGUCCAAUUUAAACAAAAAUAUUAAAAUUAAAUUAUACAGAAUACCUCUUAACCAAAAGGUGUUUAAAAACUACUAGAUGGUUCCAAAAAUUCUUAAUAAAUGCAGAGCACUAAUUGACUCUGUCUGACUAAGUCAUGAUAAAUUGCAAAAAAAUUUUGAUACGAUUCGCUAGGCUAGAUUUUCGGUAUUCUCGUACCGAAGAAGCAGUGAAAUUGUGGCUUUAUUUGCCUACAUUAAAAUAAAAUAUAACGUUUGUCAUUGACAAAGUUUUCCUGGAUUAGUUACAUAACGUCGAUCAAAGAAAAACCAAUUCUCGGAAUAUUCGUGGCGUCGAGUGACGUUUGACAAACGUAGGUAUUUAGUUCACCAACCAGGCGCUAAAAAUAAAAUCAUUAAUGUACUAUGAUUUUUCCCAUACAUUGAACAUGGGAUCUGUGUCUAGAUUGUAAUAGAUAAAUAUAUUUUAAUAUUAGUCCAUGGUUAUUGCAUUAGUAAUCAUGUAUUUAUAGGACCUGGGUGCGUAACACGCAGCAGAGAAAUGCUUCUAUGUAAAUUAUUUUGUACAAUGUUUAAAUUUUUCUAUGUUUGCAUUAUUGUGUUUAUUAUGUAACAAUUUACAUUAAUUUGUUGAUUUUUCAGUUGCUUACUAUUAUUAUUAUUAUGAAAUGUGAAACAUAGUUAAAUUAGGAGGAAUUAUGUGUUUCAAUGUAAAUAUAUAGACAAAAACAUGUAUGUAGGAGUACAUAAAUAUUAUUUUAUGUAUUAAAUUUGAUAUUGUUUUCAAAAUUUAA